UGCCCUCUUUUAAUCCUGAUCUGAAAUCAGUUUUUCAUCUUUUUUUGUUAUUCGAUUGGCUGACGAGCUGAUCCCAUAUCAGUGUGAAAAUCCAGAGGCUUGGCGGUUUAUUUUGAUUGUGCUACAGUAAAGAUGGAGCUGCUCUUGUUUUAAGCGACGCUUGUUUUUAAGAUUAGAAAGCUAAACUCAGCUGUAAUAUGGACGAAGAAGCGCGGGCUAUUUUACAGCGGGUUGUACGGAGACUCCCGAGCAGAAAGCUCCCGGGCAUCAUGGGAUCCUGGGGCUGUUUAUUAGCUGAGCAGCUCGAGCAACUGGACUACACUCAACCGAAAUGGCUGUUUUUGGAGAAUUUAAUCUCUAAAUGUGAAGAAAGCAGAUUGCGUUUAAAAGACAUGACAAAGCUGGAGAUGGUCUACCACAUUGAGAAUCCCAAUCAGGGAACAUGGCAUGCCUUUAAACUCAGUGACGCAGAAGAUGAAGCACUUUCUGUGGACUUCACCCAGUUUAAGGAGAUGUUUGUAGCUCAUUUAGAGGACGUCGUCCGACACGUGUCCGUUAGGAUGAAGAAACUGGAAGACGGCGCCAUAUGGAUCCGUAUCGCCUGGGGCGAUAACUUUACCAAACCCAACCACCUGAAGCCGACGUACGUCGUUCAUUACCUCCAGACUCCCUACGUGUUCGUCCUCAACCUCAACGCCAAGCACAAGCCUUUCCUCCAUCAGGCUUUAGUUCUGUCGACUAGACACGUGUCCAUAAAUGAAGCUCACCUGAGUGGGAGGAGCCUCACUGCCAUGCGGGACCUGCUCAUGAAACAGUAUCAGCAGGUUUUCCCAAAUCAGGAGCGGACUUUAAAGGAAAGAAACGCUCCUCCAUCACAUCCUAACAUUGAUAGAGAGCACGCUGAGUUUGCUGAGAGAGCACAUCAGAUGGCCUGCGAGGCGUUCGGGGGCGGGACGGUGCCGAAACUGGAAACCGCUGUGUACAAGCUUGAAACACGGUACAGAGGCAGCAGCAGCAACAACACCCUCAGUGAUCGGGAUGAGCUCUUCAGAGGAGUGGUCAAGUUCUCCAGCCCCAAUCUCCUGGAGUCUCUGCGGCACUGCGUGUCCACCGGCAUGACUGAAGGCCCCGUCACACCUCUUUUAUCCUCCAUCACACAGAAAGGAAGGAACUACUUUGUAAUCGCCGAGAAAGUUCCAGGAGCCGCGAGUCAGGCACCCGCACGCACGACUUAACGCGGGGUCCCCACCAGAGUCCUCGUCUCACAUGAGCAGCUCCUGCGUCUUUGGGUUCUUACGUCAUUCUUACGUCUUACUUUUGGACUUUAAAAGUUUCAUUGUUUUUACAGUUUUAAAUAAAGGUUUUAA